GGCGGGAGCGGGACCGCGGGGGCCGCCGGGAAACAGGGGGUGCCGCCCCCUCCCGCCCUGCCGCGCGGCGGGGGAACGGGUCGGCGCGGCCAUGGCGGCGGCUAGGCUCUGCAGCAUUAGGACUGAAGUCUGCAUGGCACCGUUGUUUGGGAGAUGUCUACAAAACAAGCUCUGGACAAGGUCAUGGAGGAAGGAAGAUGCUCGCCCACCCUGCCUUUUUGGUACAUGGGAAUGUUUGCACUCGCAAAAACAGCGAUUUCAUGGUGUUAGUAAUUACCUGGGGAGACAGCGAGAGCCACCUGUGCGUCUGUGCCACUUGGGCCCUGCUGCCAUGGUCCAACAAAAGGCUAUGGAUAAGAAGGCAGAAGAGUUCAAGCUGGUCUACAGGUUUCCAUGGAUUAAAUACUGCAAGGUGCUGUCCAGACUGAAGCUGUUACAGACUGCCACCACCAUGGUCACUCUGCCUCCCAUCUGCUACCUCUAUCUGCAAGACCAGGUUUCUCUGAAUAUCCUCUUAUAUACAACUGGCAUUGCAUUCUUUGCUGGUGCAAUGUUGUAUGGUAUGAGCUACUUUUUCAGACGAAUUAUUGGAUUGAUCUACUUAAAUGAAACUGGCCAUACUGUCAGAGUGGCCCACUUGACAUUUUGGGGAAGGCGGAAUGACAUUUACUGUCCCAUAGAGACGGUGAUGACUUUGGAUGAAGUUGGAGAUAGCAAGGGGGAGCUACUUCUGCAGUUCAAACGGUAUAAUAGUACAGAUAUUUUAUACUUUACAAUUAAGUUUGGCCAGAUUGUAGACAGACAGAAGUUUACUCAGAUAUUUGGAGAACUUAAGUGAUACAGCAGGUAGUUUCCAGUGAUUUUCCUUGUUGCAUGUUGUGCUUAUUCUUCUGCAAAAGUUCAGUUAGUUUGCCAAACCAACAUACUUCUGUCAUUUUCCUAUGCAAACCCUGCUGGUAAGUGCACUUGGUGUAGGAAGUAGCAAUGGUAAAAAAAAAUCCCCAGAUUAAAUAUCUUUGCAACUGGUUUAUGGUGUGGGCAGCAUCUCUUGGUGUUGGAUAGUGAUGUGUGCGGUGCGCUGUUGCCAGCAGCUCUGAGUCUAAACUGCCCUGCCUGGAAUGUGCAGGAGGCAGCCGAAUUACCGAUCCUGACCCUGUUUCAGCUGCCCCUUGGGUGGGUUUGAAACAGGAAAAACUCUUGAAGUGAAAUGCAGUAACUCUGCCAGAGCUUCUUCACUUUAAAUUAAUUGGUUUUUUUAGUGAAUUUUAGGUUGACUGGGAAGCCUCUUGAAAUUAAAACUUGUCUCACGCAUACAUACUCGUGCAUUCAUGAUACUGCGCGAGCUAGGAAGAGUGAUAUCUAAUGCUGUAGGGGGAAGGGGGGGCUCUCUUGGCAAGGUCUUCCAGGAUGUGAACAUAACUAGGCAAAACAAAGGUGCAUGUUGCAAGACACAUCAUUUGGCUGUGAGGGUAAGUUAAAGACUGGGACAGCAUUCCAGGAGCCUCUCAUAGAAACUGCUUUCCCACUGGAAUCAAGGAAGAACACUCCUAAACUGUGGUGCUGUGAAUUACAGGGACAGCCUGUGAUCCCUUGUUCCGUUUGGAUCCUAGUGAUCAUCUUGACAAUUUGGAACUACUUGUCCUUCUUUGCAUCUAUUCAUGUUUGUGCUGCUUUCGUAUGUAUAAAUGACACUUAGUCAAUGCUGUAACACUUGAGUUGCAAGAACUUCAGUAAAUGUUACCAGAACUA